AUGACCACCUCCACCACCUCCACCCCUUCACCAAAGACGCGAAAAUCAAAAAUGAACCCCUUCACAACCUCUGCGUCCCCGCCAUCACGGCCCACAUUCGAUAGCUCCCUCUUCUCCAUGGAUGCUUCAGGGUCACCAUCACUUUCACAACCCUACCAGCCCACUAUACCGGCUGUGAGGAACAAUAAUAGCAGGUUACCCAACGGCAAACGACCCGCGUCGCCGUCGUCGCUUCAUCCUGAUCAUUCACUACUGACUAAUUCUCCCUCCACGUUAUCGGCCACCUCACCGAUCACAAACAGUAGCUUUUACAAUAACAUGGGCUUCUCGCGUGGACCCGGGUCUCACUACUCGCCAAACCCGAGCUACUAUGACCAUAGUACUGGCGGGCGUCACAGUCUGGAAGAUGAGUCGCCAACACUCAUGGAUAGGUUCACAACGACGCCAAACUUUGACGACGUAGAGAUGCCGCCGCUGGCGGACGAUGACGUGUAUGAGCUCGAUGAUGGACUAUCAGGGACCGCCUACUCGACGCCGGCAACUGGCGUUGGUGGUAGGCGCAUGACGUUUCCCCCAAGCCCCAGGCCUACUAUUUCGCCAAGCCCUGGUAUUGGAAGUAGUGGGAAUGAGGACGUGCAGAUCAAGGUGGAACAAUUCACCCCCUCAGGGCCUGUGAAGGGGCUGGGUGUGCAUAUCCAGCAUCCAACACCAAUCUCACAUGCGUCCUCUGCGUCCUCUAGUAAUCCUGUUGUGAAGUCACCGCCGCCAGUGGUAGAUCUCACUGUCGAUAAGCGUGGUGAAGAUGGAGCAUGGAAACGCGGAUAUGAUCCGGAAAUGCGCGCUGCGCUGGGUGUGGGUGAAGAUGCUGCAGAAAUCCCUAGCCUGAAUGAGCAGACAAUCAACCAGCAGCGAGAGUUCAAAGCUUUGGAGAUUCAAGACUGGCUGAGGAAGAACGGUGACAUAUCCGGAAAGAAUGGGAAGGAGGGAAAGCCUGGUGGUUUGACGGUGAAGGCUCCAAAGAGGGGCAGGGCGAAAAGUUUUUCGGAUUUCAGGAACAAGAGCUUGUCGGCCAAGGGUGCAGAGGAGGAAGAAAUUGUGAAGGUUGGAGAGAGUAGCGCCGGGGCGAUCACAGGUGUACUGAUUAUAGAUGACGAUGAUAUCAGGCCAGGGGAAUAUGACUAUGAAGAUGAUGACAGCUCGAAUGGAUCUCUGUCCAACGAUGGAUCCCUCGAUGAUGAUGACGAGUCAAUGAAUACGUCUGAAGCACCCCCAACUGAAGAGGCCUUGAAGAGAACGGAGAAAGAGCAAGAGGAAGAGCAGAUGCGGAUUGACAAUGAUCCUGCUCUGCUUCCGAAUCCAAAGCAGUUCUACUCUGCGCGUCCAUGGAUUGAUACCGUCGGGCAUAUACCCAGUGGCACAAAUGCGGCCGCUAUGAAAUGCCAGCCCCACACUGCGAAUGCGGCGAUAACACGAUUUCGCGAGUAUGCGCAGAACAUUGAGACUGCAUCAAGGGUCGCCACAUUCGGCAGCGAGACAUCGAAAAACCGAAGACUCAGUGCUAGCGAUGUGGACCGAAUUGCUGCAGACGGUGGAUUGCUAAAGAGGUUGAGCUUCAGAAACAAAGAGAAGGGUCAAGAUAAGGAUGGAUCAUCACCUCCUGGACACUCAAGAAGGCCCAGUCUCAUGCAAUCACUCAUGAGAACAAGUCUCAAGAGAGGGCACAGUAACGCCAGCGACAAACUGAGAGAAAAUAACACAGAGGUUGCCGAGAUCGAAGCUGAAAAAGAGACCUUGGUUGGAGAUGCAGCUAGUUUUGGCAGAAAGAGAGGUGAUUCUGUUGCCUCUUCUGCGUCCACUGCUAGUUUCGCUCCCGUGAAAACGCGCACAUCAUGGUCAAAGCCUGGGACUCUGAAAGUUGACACGAGUGUCCAUGGCGCAAUUGUGAGCAUGGCGGGCAUGACGGCGGGCAUCGGCCAGAGCUCUGGGCACACCGCCAGUACAGCAAAGUCUGCCAGUCCUACGCCGGCCGAGAAACGAACCACUGGGCUGAGCGUGGGAAGCCAUGUAAUGCAACAACUCCGUCGGGCUCGGAGCAAGAGCGAGCUUGCCACAGGCUCAAGGCUCCAUAAAAGCAACAAACCCUCCUUUGGUAUUGUCAGUAUGCUCGGCCAGUAUGGCGGGCCACCAUUACUGCCCAUCAAGUCUCCUGUUGCGUCUGGCACUGAUAGCGCCCCCGACAGUACUCUGAAACCCCGAUUUACCUUUGGCGAGGAGACAAGUAAGCGAGGACUUGCAGCGGCAAAUCAAGCAUUACUGAGCCCUCCUGAUCCGCAUAGACAUGACGGGUAUGAUGAUAGUGAGGAUGAAGUUAUGGAUGACACCUUGAAUAGACCCCCACAGGCACCGCCUCCCGGGCAAAGACAGCAGAAAUUAGACAUCACACCAAACGUAGAGGGCUUCACAGCCCAUAUCAAGUCUAAGACACCGGAAUUGCAUCACAAGUUGGUCGAACGGAUCGUGUACGAACAGGGAAAGCGGUACAAGAAAUUGGUUGAACACAGGCAAAAGCAUCUUGCGGCGAUCAAGAAUGGUGGCAAGUGUGGUAACAAUGCGAAAUGUAGAGGUAAAGUUGGUUCUAUUGGUGCGGGAGGACAAGAAGAGAACAAUGGACACAAAAGAAAUAUCUCUGCAGGCAGUCCUGAAGGCGAAGCAUAUUCAUCCGAUGAGACUGCCGGCGACCACUCUCCCACAGAAGGCAAAGUGGCCGCAACGCAAUUCCCUUCUGGAGUUCCCCAGCCUCCUGUCUCUCGAUUGCCAGCUGAAUUUGAAUGUCCCAUCUGUUUCAAGGUCAAAAAGUUCACAAAGCCCUCUGAUUGGACCAAGCACGUCCACGAAGACGUCCACCCCUUUACCUGCACGUUUACUGAAUGCACCGAGCCAAAAUCCUUCAAGCGCAAGGCCGAUUGGGUUCGCCAUGAGAAUGAACGCCACAGACAUCUCGAAUGGUGGACAUGCAACAUACCUGAUUGUACACAUACCUGUUACCGUAAGGAUAACUUCGUUCAGCACUUGGUUCGUGAACACAAGAUGGCAGAGCCCAAGAUCAAAGCUCAGAAAGCAGCCGCAAAAGCCGCCGGAAAGUCGACGGGGAAGAAGGGAAAGGCGGCCAAGGCCGUCGCGGGAGCGGAUGGGGCGCCGACACAAGAAGAUUUUGAUAAGGUGUGGCAGAUUGUUGACGACUGUCACCAGCAGACACUGAAGCUCCCGACGGAAGAAAAAUGCAGGUUCUGUGGGGUGACCUGUGCCACAUGGAAGAAAUUGACCGUGCACCUGGCUAGACACAUGGAGCAAAUCUCACUCCCGGUCCUGGAUCUGAUUACGGAUGAUGCCGUAGUGCCGCCGAGCACAAGGGGUUCUGGUAAGCAGGCGCCCACUAGAAGCGCAAAUACUGCCCCAGUCGCGCCGAUGCCGAAGGCUCAGCAUCUAUCAACCGAUAUGGAUAUCGACUCUAUUGGUGGUGGAGACGCAUCAGGUCGACAUCAUACGGUGGGUGUGCAAUACGAGGAUGACAUCCAAUAUGCAGGCGGGAACACAAAUUAUGGUUCACAUCACACCCCUCCGCGAAGCUCGCCGCACAUACCAAUGGAUAAUCGUUUCAACGUGUCGACACCCCCACAAGGUGGCCUCCAGUACUCCACACCCGGAAGUCUGGGGUUCGGUCCGGAUGGUAUCCAAAACAUGCAAAAUGUCUCAGGACUACAUCCCAUGCUCAAUCAAUUCGAGUACGCCGGGAACGAUAUGUAUCCUAGUCCUUCGUCUAUGACAGGAGGACGCGCACCGUCGAUCAAUAGUGGAUAUUCACCGUCUCCAACAUAUUCACAGCGUCCACCACCGCACAGUCCGGCGAGUCAGCGAAUGGGCCCUGUAAUGUCGGGACAGCAACAUCUACAAGUGCAGCAGCAGCAGCAGCAGCCACAACAACAACAGAGCUAUUUUGCCUAUGCUUCUGGACAGCUCCCUGCAAAUUCCGGGCUUGGGCAAAUGCAUACUCAGACGGUGGCUACAGCGAAUAGCUUGAUCGAGAACCACGGGCAGUACGGGUAUUACCCCGGUGGGGAAAUCCCAAUGGCCUUGGUGGGGGUAGCCAUGGCACCUUUAGAUGAGGAUUACGGUUUUAUCCACUAA